GUCAGGUCACUAUGAUCCGGACGCAGUGAGGUCUUGUGCCCAGACGGUGGCGCUGCACUGGCAGACGCUGAUGCUGAGGAUCGAGGAUCGACUCAAACUGGUCAACGCCUCGGCUGCUUUCUACAGGACGUCCCAGCAGGUGUGUGGAGUUCUGGAGAGUCUGGAGCAGGAGUACAGGAGGGAGGAGGACUGGUGUGGAGGAGGAGACCGGCAGCCGGAGCAGCUGCUGCCGCUCAUCAGCAAACACAUGGAGCAGAAGGAGGCGUUUCUAAAGGCCUGCACGCUGGCCAGACGAAACGCUGAGGUUUUCCUCAAGUACAUCCAUCGCAACAGCGUCACCAUGGCGAACAUCUCCGGCCACAGCGUCACCGUCUCCGGGGUUACGGAGGUCACCGGGCACUCCAGGGUUCCAGAGCAGCAGGUCAAAGGGAUCCUCAGUGAGCUGCUCCAGAGGGAAAACAGAGUCCUUCACUUCUGGACGUUAAAGAAGCGUCGACUGGAUCAGUGCCAGCAGUACCUGAUGUUCCAGAGCCACGCCCAGCAGGCUCUGGAUUGGCUGCAGCAGUCAGGUGACCACUACCUGACCACACACACGUCACAGGGAUCAAAUGUGUCCGAGACUCAAGAGCUGCUGAACCAACACAGGGAGUUCUGUGUUUCUGCCAAGCACACACAGGAGAAGGUUCACCUGCUGAUCCAGUUGGCCGAGAGCAUGCUGGCUAAAGGCCACGCCCACCGCACCGAGCUCCGUCGCUGCGUCGCCACCGUGGACAAGCGCUACCGCGACUUCACCGUCAGGAUGGGACAGUACCGCCACCUGCUGGAGACGGCUCUGGGAGGCUGCUCACAGGACAACAAGGACCUGGAGCUGGAGCUGAUCCCCAACAGUCUGUCCGACUCCGACCCCGAGGUCAACCUGUCCGACCCCAGCCACCAGGUCAGCGACGAGAAGAGACGCUCCGCACGCAAGAAGGAGUACAUCAUGGCCGAGCUCCUUCAGACAGAAAGAGUCUACGUCAGAGAUCUGCAGGAGUGUAUCGAGACGUACCUGUGGGAGAUGACGAGCGGCUCAGAGGACGUCCCUCCUGGUCUCACCAACAAGGACGACAUCGUGUUCGGAAACAUCCAGGACAUCUACGAGUUCCACAACAGUAUUUUCCUGAAGGAGUUAGAAAACUACGAGCAGCUUCCUGAAGACGUGGGACACUGCUUCGUUACCUGGGCUGAUAAGUUUCACAUGUACGUGACGUACUGCAGAAAUAAACCUGACUCCAGUUUACUGAUACAACAACACGGCGUGGGAUUCUUCGAGGAGGUCCAGAGGAGACACGGUCUCACCAACUCCAUCUCGUCCGCUCUCAUCAAACCCGUUCAGAGAAUCACUAAAUACCAGCUGCUGCUCAAGGAGUUGUUGGCGUGCUGUGAGGAGGGUAAAGGUGAAAUAAAAGAAGGACUGGAUGUGAUGCUGAGCGUCCCAAAGAGAGCUAACGAUGCUAUGCAUGUUAGCAUGUUA